CGAGCCAAAGAGCUCGAAGGCCAGCCAGCCUUGCUUGUCAUCUUGAUGGUCUUGGAUCCUUUAGGGAGGAGCAGCGACGUGAGCCCAGUUCGUGAGAAAGCACCAGCGUGACUGUGCUCGAUUGAGUUGGAUCCUAGUGGUGUUCUACCUUCCGAGCCUCCUCCUUCGCUGUGGUUUGCCGUUCCUUGCUUGUCUUCCUUCGGCGGUGCGACUCACUUGGGCGCGAACUUCUACUGGCCUCUCUACGGUUUGGCGAACCUUUUGGGCAGUUGGCAACCCCGAGGAGAUUACUGACUUCCAACGCAGUCCAUGAUACUGCGAGUGUCGUUAUAUAUAUUUCUCAUUUUCAACACGCGAAUAUUGACGAUGCCCCACUCAUUCGAAGUGAGAGUGAGAGCUAAGCAAGGCAUAUUAAAUCCCUCGCUGCAACGCCACUAGAAGACAUGUUCCAACUCUUCGACUUGUGCUGUAACACAUUUGACGAAAAUCGACAAGUUUUCGCGUAUGUCUAUUACAGAACUCGCUCGCAUGUUGUGUUUACAGUCUCUAACGUGCUGUGCUAGCAGCUUCGGAAC